CUGGGGCUGCCGGGCAUCGCUGCUGAGCCCGGAGCAAAUCGAAAGCCUCGGGGUAAAACGCGGCGGGGAGGGCAGAGCCCGAGCCAGACGUGGCAAAUCCUCCUGCCCCAGAAACCCCCGUCCCUUAGCUUGCAAGGAUUUGGGACCAGUGGCUCGCUGCGAAGGGACACGGCGGUCACCGGGACAGCGCUAUAGGGAGGCCCUUUGGGGACCUGGCGGCAGCCGCGGCCCCAACCCCGGUCACCGCCAGCUCCCCUCAGCUCUGCCCAAAACACACCGGGCUGGCGCAAAGCCCCGCAUUUGCCACCGCUGGAAGCGGCUCCGGCCACCGAGAGCCGGGCCGGACACGAGCACCCCUGCCCGGAGCCGGGGUGCGGGUCCAGGCUGCCUCCGGGACCUUCCUCCUCCCGAUCUGCGGCGCAAGAAAAGGAUGGAGAGGAAUCAAACCCUCCCCACCGCCAGCACCGCUCCCGUCGGCCCCUACCUGUCAUCGCCACGCUGGGUCGUGCCACCGCGGGGACCCCGACGCACUCCAGCCUUGCCCGGGGGGGGGUCCCGGCACGGCUCUGCACGGGGCACGGUCACCGCCCGGGAGCCGGCCGACCCCCGGCCUCUCCCCCGGGCGGCCGAAUUAUUUGGGGAUGGGGUCGGGACAAGCGGCCCUGUCCCCGCUUCAGGCUCGGAACCGGGGUGCCGAGCUCAGCACGGCGGGCACGUGGGGCACCGAGGGCUGCCCUGCUCCGGGCCCCGGGGACCUGCUGCGGGGCAGCCCGGCGGCGAGGAGGUGGCCCGCAGGCACCGGGGGACGGCGGCGACGCGGAGCAGCGGCAGUCAUGCCGGGAGGGAGGCCGGCAGCGGGGAGCCGCUCGCCCCGGGCACCUCCUUUGUCAGGCACGUCCGUGUGUCCCCGGUCCCUCUGCUCCCUCCUUCCUCCCGCAGCUGUUUCCAUGGACACGGAGCUGCAGCAGCAGCAGCAGCAGCAGCAGCCGCAGCGGGGUCUCCGGCACCGAGCCCUUCGCCAGCCACGUGCCCGGGGCAGAACCGAACCCCACGCCCACAGGCCGGCUCCCCCGGAGCUGUUCCCGCGGCCCCUCGGGGUGUUCGCGGCGGCCCUCACGCACCCGCCUCUGUUCUGGUGCCGACAGCGGCCACGUCGCUUGCACGGCGCCCGGGGACGGGGCGAGACGCCCCAGCUCCGGAGGACAAAACCCACUGUCAUUCUGCCAUAAUAGGUCCCCAGCGCAUCCCCCGGGGCCAGACGUACCCGCACCACACCUGGUUUCGAGGUGGGGAAACCGAGUCACGCUCUGCCUCCCGCACCCCAACCCCAACGGCUCAAAACCAGCCAAACCCAGCCGGCAGCGAUCUCCCUUUGGGGGGGGGGGUCUCCCACCUCCGUGGGAAUAUUCAGCACCUCACUUCAUUCCCCGGCCGUUAUCCUUACCUCGCGGGGUUUCUCACUUGUUUUGCUCCUGGCAUUACGUAUUUUUAGCUGGCCCCGGUCGCUUGUCAGGAGAAGCCGUGCCCUGCCUCCUGCCGCGGUCGCGGAAGUCGCUGCGUGCCCGGCUAGGAAGUCUAGCCCAGCACUGGUGAAUUACUGGGUCUGCUGUCAUUAAGACCCGGGCAAUUGCACUGCUGAUCUGUAUUUAUUACUGCACCAUUACUUAGAGAUAAACCGUUUAUCCCUAAAGCUGUUGGUACGGUGUCUGGUACCGUAUCCCAAGCCCGUAAGGCAUCAGGGCUGCCUUAAGCCCUUACGCUGCCCAAACCCACGGAAGACGUUGGCACGGUGCUAAACCAUCGCCCUCCACCUCCUGCCCAGGCACGGAGGGGCUCUCUCUCUCCCAGCCCAGAGAAAACCCCACAGAGGGCUUUAUAUCCGCUAGCAAAACAAGGAGAAUAAAGCGAGCUUUCUUUCACCUCUGUUCCAAACAGACCAAAGGACACGCUUGGGCCAGGUUGGAAGGAAAUCCCAAUUUCCCCCUUUCUCACACCGCUCUGAGCAGAGCGGCACACGCUCCCCACGCGGCAGCAGGCAGCAUAAACCCGUCGCCACGCUGCUGCUGAGAUGUCCCAGCUGGCAUCUCAAGGAGGAAGAGCUGAAUUCCCUCAACCAGCUCCCAGACAGGUCUGUAAGAACCGUUAACAUGCGUAUGACCAGAAAUGCCUCUGCAUGGAUGCAUAGGACCCAUGGAGAAAGGGUUAAAGGGAUCAGCUUACAGUGCCACAGAGGGUCGUGCGCCUGCUUUCAUCAAGGGGCCAGACAGCAGGAAGAUGAAGAACAAAAGGAAGAUAACAAAGAACAAACCUAAAGAUAAGGUGACAUGAAGAUGAAGAGCAGAGCUGGAGCCAUAAAACACCCGGAGACGUGUAACAGCGGGGCUCUUUUGGCAAAGAUUUAUGGGAACAGAUAAUGAGGCAGAAGGUUCCCAAACUGCCCAUAACAGAUCUGUCAGAGCAGCUUCUUGCCGCCACUCAGGAGGAAGCCAAAAGAGGCAGCGAGGACUCAACACUGCGGCACACACCAGUGAUCCCCACCACAGCCGCGGUGCCUGGGAGGAGGUGGUGGCAGCGUGUGCAGCCAGCGUAUUCCCAAGUUUUGUGCAAUAAAAUCCCUUUCCUCACCUUUCCAGGUGCCCUGCCACCCCCUGUUCCAGACAGGAACUCUCACAAGCCUGACCCUUGCCCCCAGCAGGAGUUUGGGAGAGGAAAACCCUCUCAGGUCCAUCUUUACUGUGACAGUGAAGUCCCAAAGAGCUGAGAGAUGGUUAAGCUAUGUACAUGACCAUGAAGCCCCCAGAGAUACUCAGAUCACGUGUCCCCUGCCUGGGGAUCUCCUGACCAAGAGGUGAUUGUGGAAGGGGGCUCAAAAUCCCCAGCGGCUCCUUAUUAGCCACCUCUAAGGGGGACACAGCCCUGCUGGUGUCCAUAAAUCCCCCAUCUCACUGGUGUCACCCAGUUUGGUGAAGGUGAAGCCACGGAGCCGCCGUGUCCCCCUCCUGUUACCUUGUCUUCGAGGCAUGAUGCAGAGCUGCUCCUUCUCAUCAGCGCCUAGAACGAGCAAUUAAAGAUGUUAAUUACAACACGGGGCCCUGGGGAUGGCUGCCCAACGGCCCCUAACCAAGACCAGACCCUUCUUUUUGAACCCAACCCCACCACCACUGUCACCACCGAACCACGUCCCCCAGCGCCAGGUCCAACCUUUUGCCGAACACCCCCAGGGACGGUGACGCCACCACCUCCCUGGGCAACCCGUCCCAGUGCCUGACCGCUCUUUCUG